AUGGUACGAAACAUGCACGAGUUAUCAGCAAUAGUCUUGGUUAUUAACGGCACGAAACCUCGUUUAACAAUCAAUGUUGAGUAUGUCUUAGGUAAAUUUCGACACCAACUGCCAAAUGCCGUUUUACAAAAUAUAUUCGUUAUAUUAACAAAUUGCAACAAACACCAGGUGAAUUUUAAACCCGAAUCAAUCGGAUUAUCAGCCGAUGUUCACGUGUUAGUGAUGCAAAAUUCAGCAUUUUCAACUGAUCCGUCUUGUUGGACACCAAUUGCUCGACGUCUCUUACAAAUUGAUUGGGAAAAUUCAAUGGAUACCAUUAAUUCUAUCGUAGAAUUGUUGUUGAACACUGCACCAAUUACAACAGUCUCGUUUAACGACAUGAAUGAACAACGAAACGAUUUGAUUAGCCUAUUGCACGAAUCACGAUUAAUCAUCAUGCAAUUACAGAGUUUGGACGAUGCAUUAGAAACUUGCAUGUCAACAAAAAGGAAUGAAGCAAAAUAUCAAUUUUUUGAAAUAACUCAUGUCGAUUAUCACAACACUAUCUGCUCCAAAUGUCAUCAAGUGUGCCAUGACCAUUGUCAGUUAGACGAAAGUAGAGUAACUGGUUCGGAAAAUUUAAAAUGCUGUAAAGUGUUUCUGAAUGGUACCUGUACAGUCUGUAACCCUCGAUGCUCAUAUAAGCUACACUACCAUGGUAGAAAGUUAAUUGUACCGUGUAGUCGAGGUAUGUUCGAUUAUUGGAAUUCGAAAGUAUCAAGUGAUCAAGCGUACAACAUUCAACAACAGCAGCUAAAAAUCACGGAAAAUCUACACGAUCAACUGAAAACAAUUGAAAAUUACUGCUUGAGAUUAGUAGAUAUGUGUUCCGGCUUCAAUGUGGUCGAUGAAUUAUACACAUUGCUUAAAUUUUUAGAAGGCGAUAUUUCAAAUUUCAAAUCCGAAAAAGUUAGAACGAAAGCACGUGCUUUCCUGACACUGGUUACUGACAUGUGUAGUCGUAUCAGCCAACAUCAAAAAACCACUUCAUCUUUGGCAACUCCAGUUGAAUCUCUCACUACUGAAGACACAACGCAGCACACACGUAAGAAGUCUGUCAUUCUGAACAAAACAGCCCCAUUGAAAAAUACGACUGUUAUGACCACCGUAACAUCCCAGACAAAACCGAGAAAAGGAACUGAGUCGCAGAAUGCUCUCAACGGUGCUAGUACGCAGAAAAAAACUGAGAUGAUGACUAAUGAAAAACUAGCAAGACAGCCGUCAGUUGAAGCUACAGGUCCGACAAAAAUUGUGAAUGAAGGUGCAAGAACUGAAAAGCAGAUUCGACAAGAAUUUCAAGAUACCGUCGAACAACGAUUUCAAGAAGCUACGAGUGAACGUUUCAACCGUCAGUUAUCUGUACAAGAGCUGACUGAAGAAGAAUCACAAUUGCUACAAUGGUUUAGACUUUGCAGUGAACAGAAUAAGGAACUUCUGCUCACAGGAGCACGUGAAUUGUCGAAAUUUUAA